AUGGCCACCAAGACUUCCAACGGUGGGUCUGGGGCACAGGCACCACAAACACCCCAGGUCCAGCCUUGCAGAUACAAGACGGGCAAGACUCUGGGUGCGGGCAGCUACUCAGUCGUCAAGGAGUGUGUGCACAUCGAUACAGGGCGAUACUAUGCCGCAAAGGUCAUCAACAAGAGGCUUAUGGCCGGCCGAGAACACAUGGUCAGGAACGAGAUCGCAGUAUUGAAGAGAGUUUCCAUGGGCCACAGGAAUAUCCUUACACUCGUCGACUACUUUGAGACGAUGAACAACCUCUAUCUGGUCACCGACCUUGCGCUUGGAGGCGAGCUCUUCGACCGCAUCUGUCGUAAGGGAAACUACUACGAAUCCGACGCCGGCGACCUGAUCAGGGCUACUCUCUCGGCAGUCGCAUAUCUCCACGACCACGGUAUCGUGCACCGAGAUUUGAAGCCGGAGAACUUGCUGUUCCGAACACCAGAGGACAAUGCCGAUUUGCUUAUCGCCGAUUUCGGACUUUCUCGUAUCAUGGACGAGGAGCAAUUCCACGUCCUCACAACAACCUGCGGUACGCCAGGCUACAUGGCGCCUGAGAUUUUCAGGAAGACGGGUCAUGGCAAGCCAGUCGACAUUUGGGCCAUUGGUGUUAUUACGUAUUUUCUGCUUUGUGGCUAUACUCCCUUCGACCGCGACUCGAACCUUGAAGAGAUGCAAGCCAUAUUGGUUGCCGAUUAUUCUUUUACCCCUCUAGAAUACUGGCGAGGCGUCUCACUCACGGCGCGCGAGUUCAUUCGUCGAUGCUUGACUGUGGAUCCUGCAGCACGCAUGACCGCUCAUGAGGCUCUCUCCCAUCCCUGGAUCACGGAGCUUGGCAAGAACAAUGCUGACGGCGAAGAGGAUCUGUUGCCAACUGUCAAGAAGAACUUUAAUGCUAGGCGCACACUUCACGCUGCUAUUGACACGAUCCGUGCUAUCAAUCAACUCCGAGCUGGUGGUGCUGCGGGUAUGAUGGACGGUCAGCGAUCAGCGGAACCCCGACGAGGGGCGCCCCACGCGCGUAUUCCCCAACCGGCAGAUGAACCCGACGACCCGAUGGAGAUAGACAGCAGGGGAAAUGGCCAUGGCCAGACCGAAGAGAUGAUCCAGGAACAAGAGCGGAGAAUUAGGGAGACUCAGCAGGGAUUAUGGGGAAAGCGCUGA